AUGCGACCAGAACGCCGCGAACGCGUUCUUUUGACGCCAGUUUCAGCGGUGCAGCGGGCUUUUAGCGUGGCAAAUGAUGUGGAACCAGCGCCGACAGAGGUUCCUCCAGUGCUGGGAGUUCCCAUGUGGUUCUACACGAUCUGCACAGCUCUCGUAUUGCUGUUCCUACUCGUCCAGAGCAUCCGUUUGCUCCGUUCGCGUGGGCGAGUUUUUGCCCGGGACUUUACUCUUGCGCUGCGUUCAGGCGUCAUUUUCCUCCUCUUGAUGGUACCUCUGACGCAUCCUGAGCAGAUUGCUGGUGUAGCCAUCAACCUCCAGGCCGUAUAUGUUUGGCUGCCACUGUGGUACAUGAGUACGCUGCGGAAAAGCCUAGGCGGAUGGAUUCAGAUCGCCGUGCACGCCUUGCAGGGCACCGUGGCUGCCGUGUUGGUGAUCUUGGCCCUGAACGCGAUGAAGGCCAUUGAGCGCACGCGCGGUGAGAGUUCCUUCCAGUGGAAAUGGCUGGCCAUCGUCUUUGUCCUUGCAUAUGGCAUUGGUUGGAGUAAAGUCGACAAGGACUUGAAGAAGUUCUUCUUUGGCACACUCUCCCCACUUUUGGUGAUGUGCUUGGGCGCUGAUAGCGACAGCCACGAUAGCGGCGCCGGCUUCUUCAAAGCCCAAGAGACAGCGUUGAUCUACCAGGAACACAUCAAUUGGACAUCCAUCAUUUUCUGUUACCUGUACCUCACUUUGGUCGCCUUGUCCUUGUCUGCCAUCACCUUGCUGGGCCGCGCAUGGCUGGCAUCCAAUGAAGUGGCUGAGGAUGUGGCCGUGAUGGCGCUGGAGACCUGGCGAAGUCUGAAGUUGCUGCUAAACUAUUUCAGCUGUCGACCUGCAGACUUUGACUUAGACGCGUUGGGACAGCAUUUGCAGAUGUUGAAGACGGCCAGUCUCCACCUGGAGAAUCAACUUCGAGAAGCGAUGUGGGAAACGUGCUGCUGGAAGCAGCAUAGGCGGCUUCAUGGCCUUCUGCAGCUCCUAACCUCCGUGCAGGCUGUCCUUCUGGCUGCGCUCAGCUGGUUGCGGGGUCAUCCCGGCCAGGCUCCGCAGGACCUUUCAGUUUUUCUGCAGGAGUUCGAGUCCGCCAGUGGUAGUGCGCUGCGUGGCUUGACGGCGCCCUGGUGGCUCCAUCAAAACCAGGAAGACCGAGAUGCGGCGGUGAUCGACGGCUUGGAACAUGCCGAAUUGGCCGAUGGCGCUUUGAUGGCUUGCCUAGAACAGUUGCGCGAUCCCGGCCGACCCGAAUCCACUACACCUGCCUCAGUGAUGCAGCCUGCUGCAGCAUUUGUGGAAACACUGCGGGAGAUUCCCAAAGCCAUGAAGGAUUUCUUGCUCAACAAGGUUGGGGAUGACUUCCAGCCUUCGAUCGAAGCGGAAUGGGCCUUGGAGCAGCCCUGGUUGGCGAACCGCCACCGACGGGCCCUGGGAUAUGCUGUGGCAUGGGUUGCAUCCCUGCUGUGGUGCAUCAGAUUCCGCGGCGGCUCAUCGGCGCUGUGCUCCAUUCUGGUCGCCUGGCAACUUCCCUUCACCUGGGUAACCCUCCAUGGCACGUUGAAUGAGUUCCUUGGAACCGUUGGAGGUGUGAUUUUGGGUGCUUUACCAAGCUUCCUGCUUCGAUUGAGCCCGGCGAUGCGCAGUGCCCAAGCCAGCCCUGGAGCACAUGAGCUGUUUCUUUGCUUUAGCUUGAUGUACAUUCUUUGGACAACGGCCACCUAUUACGCUCAAGUGCAAGCCUUCCAGUGGCGAGUAGCAGCCUUGUUCUGGUCGUGCUUUGGCGGUGUGGAAAUGCUACGAGACUUUGGCUUGGCGGAAGAUCUCAGGAGCAAUAUUUGGAAGCAGCAAUCCUGGAACUCCUUGGUGGAUUUCUCCAUUGGCUGUGGUUUGGUCUUCUUCUGUGAGCUCGUCUUGGGUGCGCUGUGUCGUGAAGCACCUUCUAAGAGCCGGGCGGCACAGGCCACAGCUGCAAGUCUGGAGAGCUGCGCCAAGAUGGUCUCAUCUUUGCAGGACGGUGAUGGCUAUCUCAUGCGUGGACAGGUUUCUGGAACGCUGAAGCAUUGCAUCAUGGUGGCGAUGAUGGUUGGAGCAUUGCCUACGCUUCUGGGAUCUUCCUUGGCGCGGAGACAUGGUGAGUCGGAUCUUGGUACCAUCGCCUGGAGCAGCGAACGCUUUGGCGGCCCCGGGCCCAGCGCCCUGCUGCUGAAGGCCCUCAUUCCGCCGCAGCUUCCGCAGCGACUGCAUCAUUGCAGUGAGGUGUGCUUCGCCGCGCUGCAACGACAGUCAACGGAAGAGACAUGGAGUAUGGAGGCACAGGCGCUCCUGUCCUCGCCAUCCACCCUGUCCGGCGACACACAACAGCUCGCUGCCGCGGCAGCGCAGAUGGCCAUUAGGGGCGCCGUGCAUGUGAUGUUGGAUGCGCUGAUGUCAAUCCAAGCUGCUCUCGUUGCCCAGGAAACUCUGUCCUUGCCAGCCUGGACGAAGUUGUCCUCCUCAAAACAG